AUGCCUGGUUUAAGUUGUCGAUUUUACCAGCACAAGUUCCCAGAAGUAGAUGAUGUGGUCAUGGUUAAUGUCCGGUCCAUUGCUGAGAUGGGAGCAUAUGUCAGCCUCUUGGAAUAUAACAACAUAGAGGGCAUGAUCCUCCUUAGUGAACUCUCAAGAAGGCGUAUCCGAUCCAUAAACAAACUCAUCCGCAUUGGCAGGAACGAGUGCGUUGUAGUAAUAAGAGUUGAUAAAGACAAAGGAUAUAUAGAUUUGUCCAAAAGAAGAGUGUCACCAGAAGAAGCGUUAAAAUGUGAAGAUAAAUUCACCAAAUCUAAAACUGUUUACAGUAUUCUGCGUCAUGUAGCUGAAGUUUUGGAAUACACAAAGGAUGAACAGCUAGAAAGUUUAUAUCAAAGAACCGCCUGGGUAUUUGAUGAAAAAUACAAGAGGCCAGGAUAUGGCGCCUAUGAUGCCUUCAAACAUGCAGUCUCAGAUCCAUCAGUUCUGGAUGGACUAGAUUUAAUAGAAGAGGAAAGAAGAGUCCUAAUUGAUAACAUUAACAGACGUCUUACGCCACAAGCUGUAAAAAUCAGAGCAGAUAUCGAAGUGGCUUGCUAUGGGUAUGAAGGCAUUGAUGCAGUGAAAGAUGCACUAAGAGCAGGACUUAAAUGUUCAACAGAAAAUAUGCCAAUAAAGAUAAAUUUGAUUGCUCCACCUCGAUAUGUGAUGACCACAACAACUUUGGAAAGGACGGAAGGUCUUUCUGUGCUUAAUCAAGCAAUGUCCGUAAUCAAAGAGAGAAUCGAGGAGAAGAGAGGUGUAUUUAAUGUCCAGAUGGAGCCCAAGGUUGUUACAGACACAGAUGAAACAGAGCUUGCCAGACAGUUGGAGCGGCUGGAAAAGGAAAAUGCAGAAGUGGAUGGAGAUGACGAUGCAGAUGAAAUGGAAGCAAAAGCAGAAGAUUAA